UUCUCUCCCUAUAUAUCAUCUUGUUGUGGAGGUCAAAACACACACAUCUCAUCUUCAGAAUACACACAAAUCUCAUCUUCAGUUUAUGGUUAGCUAACCAAAGAAGAAACCCCGCCAACAGCUUCUAGCACGGUCAUCAACAACAACCAGGAUAACAUAAACAACAGGUUAGUACAUAUGCAUUGACAAUAUGAUUUAGCUCCAUAUUUUCUUUGCUGAUCCACAUCUCACUGAUAGAACAUACAAAUAUUUUCAGCAUUUCUUGCUGAUUUACACACAUUUCAAUGGAUCCAAGCUAUCACAGGAGGUCACAGAUGGAGGAUGAAUUCAUGUUAUUUGUCUUCCCUACCAUGGAAGAAGGAAGAGAGAAAAAACCAAUGCAUACAUCUAGUCUUACAGGAGCUGCUUAUGUCCAGGAAAUCUUAAAUGGGCAUGAAAGCUUAUGCAAAAGGCAUUUCAGAAUGGAGGCUUACAUCUUUCAUGCUCUGGUUGAGAAGCUGCGUGAGAAUGAAAUACUUGAAGAUUCAACAAUAGUCUCCUUGGAAGAAAAGGUUGCGAUAUUUUUAUAUGCAGUUGCAAAAAAUGCCAGUAAUGAAACCUUGCAGGAUAUGUUCCAGCACAGUGGGCAAACCAUCAGUCGACACUUUGGAGAUGUACUAGAGGCAAUUACAAAGCUUGCAAGCAUCUAUAUACGCCCACCUUCUCUUCGACCACAUCCAGUCUUGAGGAGAUCACAUUUCCAUCCCUACUUCAAUGAUUGCAUUGGUGCUAUUGAUGGUACACAUAUUCCAAUGACUAUCUCACCACAUGAACAAGAGCCAUAUCGAAACAGAAAGCAAACAAUCACACAAAAUGUUAUGGUUGCAUGUGACUUUGAUUUGAGGUUUGUGCAUGUGCAUCCUGGCUGGGAAGGAUCAGCCUCGGAUGCAAGGGUUCUCCAAGAUGCACUUAACCAUGGAUUUCAGGUACCUCAUGGUAAAUAUUAUCUUGUAGAUGCAGGAUAUGCAAACACACCAAAGUUUCUUGCCCCAUACCGUGGAACUAGAUACCAUUUGCAAGAACAAGCACAAGUACGUCAAAGGCCGAGGAAUCGUAGAGAACUAUUCAACCUUCGAACACACAAUUACGGAAUCAUAUAGAGAGAAUUAUUGGCAUAGUGAAAAAGAGAUUUCCAGUUCUGAAAGUUGCUACACACUAUUCUCCCGGCAAACAGGUUGACAUAUCAAUGGCAUGUUGUGUCCUACAUAAUUUCAUUCGGCUUCAUGAUGGAGAUGUAUCAUGGCUCAACAAUGACACUCCAGAUAUUGACCCACAUCUAAUUGUGGACGUGCCCAUGGGAGAUGAAAACUACACUAGUGAUGUUGGAGCAUU